GGCAUUUUAUUGGGUAAGAUCUUUGUAUUGGGCUGUAAUGGCAUCCUCAUCUAAAUGUUCAUCUCACUGCUCUGCUAUCAAUUGUUCUAAUCGUAAAUCUAAACGACCAGAGCUGUCAUUCUUUAGGUUCCCCGAUAAAAAAGAAAGAUGUCAACGGUGGGUCCAGAAUACUCGUCGACAAGAUCUCCUACACCGAACUACGGAGUACUUGUCAGCCAACUGUUGUCUUUGUUCUUUACACUUUGAACUUGCCCAGUUUUCCAACAAGCAGACCAAGAACAGGCUAAAUUGGAAUGCAGUUCCAACGCUCUUCGACAUUCCUUACCCGCCGAAACGUCUGUCUUCCCAACGCAGGUUACUCAAGAGGACGAAUGAGAACCUCCCAUCCUCACCAACGCCUUUAAAACAGCAAAGAGUGCCCCACAACAUACAGACAGAACAUUCUUACUGCUCAGCUGCAGACAAAGUUCCGCGGGAAGAACCCAGCAGUGUCUCUACAACUCCUGAAACACCUGAUCUUCAAAUCACACAAAAUGUAAAUGACAGCAGAGCUCUGAAGAAGGAUUUUCUUGGUUAAAGUCUGACCGCUGAAUCUCUCUAUAUUUAAAUUGUCUCUUUUUUUUAUCAACAACAAAGAGACAUAAAGACGCAGUGAGCAGCAACAAGAGGCACAGCAAGAAAGAAUUAUACUCAUCUUUGACAUUUAAAAUGUUCUUAUAUUUUAAGAGAUUUUAAACUUUAAUAAAUCAUUUUUCCACUUUU